AGAGUCUCCGGGUUGCAGAGCAGCAGAGGAGCAGAAACUCUGAAACUCAAGCACGGAUUUUCUCUCCGAGCUGACUACAGGAGGAGGACGCAGCGAACGGAAAGGAGGACGGUUAAACUCCCGGAGAAGACGCGCCUUUACGCACGGUGGCCACAGGUGGAUGCUGGGAAAUCGGACGGUGUUUGGAGAUGUUUUUGGAUGCGGCGCAGUUCGGGGCUCUGUUACCCCUGGCGGCCGCGCUCACCUCGGUGCUGUCCGCGCUGCUGCUGCUGGCUCUGACCCGCCAGCUGUGGACCCUCCGCUGGACUCUGACCCGGGACAAGGAGAGCAGUCUGCCGCUGCCCAAAGGCUCCAUGGGCUGGCCGCUGGUCGGGGAGACUUUCCACUGGCUGUUCCAGGGCUCUAACUUCCACAUUUCGCGCAGAGAGAGACAUGGGAAUGUGUUUAAGACCCACCUUCUCGGGAAACCCGUGGUCCGAGUGACGGGAGCAGAAAACAUCCGGAAGAUUCUCCUGGGAGAACACAGUCUGGUCUGCACUCAGUGGCCUCAGAGCACCCGCAUCAUCCUGGGGCCCAACACUCUGGUGAACUCCAUCGGAGACCUGCACAAGAGGAAGAGGAAGAUCCUGGCUAAAGUGUUUAGCCGUGGCGCUCUGGAGUCCUACCUUCCUCGGCUGCAAGAAGUCGUGAAGUCUGAAAUCUCCAAAUGGUGCUCGGAGCCGGGAUCCGUGGACGUCUACAGCGCCGCCAAAUCUCUGACUUUCCGGAUCGCCGUCCGGGUCCUUCUGGGUCUGAAGAUGGAGGAGGAGCGGAUCGUUUACCUGACGCAGAUCUUCGAGCAGCUGAUGAACAACCUGUUCUCUCUGCCUUUCGACGCUCCACUCAGCGGGCUGCGUAAGGGCAUUAAAGCCAGAGAGAUCUUGCACGCCAACAUGCAGAAAAUCAUUGAGGAGAAGAUGGCGCGACAGCAAGCGGAGGAGGAAUAUCACGACGCCUUCGACUACAUGCUGUCCAGCGCUAAGGAGCUCGGACAGCAGAUCAACAUCCAGGAGCUCAAGGAAACCGCAGUAGAGUUGAUCUUCGCGGCUCACUCCACCACCGCCAGCGCCUCCACGUCUUUAAUCCUGCAGCUUCUUCGCCACCCGAUGGUAGUGGAAAGAGCCCGAGUGGAGCUGGAGGCUCAGGGACUCGGAUACGAAACCUUCAGUCCAUCUGGCGUCAGGACGGAGAAAGAAGAAGAAGCUUCAGAAACCAGCGGGCUGCUGAGCUGUCAGAACCUCAGGGACGGUUUCCCUCAGUCUCACAUCCCGUUCCUGAGCCUGGAUGAACUGAGUCAGCUUCGGUACGUGGACUGUGUCGUCAAAGAGGUUCUUCGCUUCCUGCCUCCGGUCUCUGGAGGAUACCGCACGGCCCUGCAGACGUUCGAAUUAGACGGCUACCAGAUCCCCAAAGGCUGGAGUGUGAUGUACAGCAUCAGAGACACCCACGAGACGGCCGCGGCCUUCCAGAGCCCAGAGAUGUUCGACCCGGAUCGGUUCGGCCCGGACCGGCAGGAGAGUAAAUCUAACCGCUUCAGCUACGUGCCGUUCGGAGGCGGCGUUCGGAGCUGCGUCGGGAAAGAACUGGCUCAGAUCAUCCUAAAAACUCUGGCUGUGGAGCUGAUCGGAACCUGCAAAUGGACUCUGGCCACGGAGAACUUCCCCAAAAUGCAGACAGUGCCGAUCGUGCAUCCGGUCAACGGGCUGCACGUAAACUUCUCUUAUAACCAACCGCUCUAGAUCACUCCAGAUUGACAAUAAAGUUGACUUUGACUGACUUUGACUCCACUCCCAACACCAAGAGGAGAGGAACUCUUCUGGAAAAAACUCUCCAAGGAGGUACGAUGGUGUACGGAGGGAGCAGAUCAGGAACUCCUUCUGCUAACACGGACAUGAAGAAGGGGUUCAUGUCAUCAUCUCUGCAGGGGUUGGGUCCAAACCUUCAACAAACACUUCCUGUCGUAGCACAAGUUUAUUUUUAGCAACCUGAUGCAUAUUUAAGUUAUUCAUUUCCUGGCAUUACUUUGAACAGAAGCUCUGGGUUUGCUUUGAGGAAGUGCCCGCUGAAUGGACUGCAAGCACACGUCUUUUCAGAGAUAAAUCACAAAAUAAAAAGGGUCUGGGCUCAAUAGGUCAUAUUAAUCUGGAAAGGCAAAUUAACCUAUUUUGUUGAGUCAGACCCUUCACUCAGCUUUCGGGUUUUACAUUUUGUUUACCUCUUGGUAGGUUCAACAUCCAGUAAAGGCCCGUGUCCACAAGGCGCCUUUUUUCAAUUGAUUCCAAUAAGAAAAGAGGGCAUGCCGUCUACAGAAAAAUGUAUUCAAUGAAUCGCUGGUAGCUGCUGCCAGAGAAAGGUGAUAUGUGGACACGGGCCCUUAGGACAUAUCCAAGUAAUUUAUAUCAUUUCUGUGCUGAAUCAGACGGUAUUUCACUCGACUUAUAUUCACAAAUCUUGUUGAAAAACUCACAAACAUGCAGCCGGUAAAAGUCUUCCACUCCAGGGACAGAAAUGGGGACCUCAUCUCCAAUUUACAGGCAGUAAAACCAGCCAUGUUCUUUAUAUUUGUAUAUAUCUCAUAACCUGAAUUGCCUUUGAGCAAGGCACUGGAUGCCUGCCAGCUCAAUGGACUACACUCAAUAUAAUUCAUCUGAUUAAAGUCAGAACACUAUUGGAGAAUAUUUCCAGACCCUCGCUGGACACAUGCAACCUCCCAAACAUUCAAACUGUUCUGUUUUCUGAACAUGAAUGUAGUAUAUAUCCUCAACAGUGCUAUUAUGUGUGUAUCAAAUGAAGUAGCAUUCUGAAUAAGCUGUAUUUAAAAUGCAGAUGUAUCACUUAUGAUGUACUUUUACUCUGUAACAAUAUUUGCGUAUGUAAGUAUGAAUAGAUAACUAACCUGUAAUGUCCAUAACACUUUGUUUCACUGCUAGAUAUAUUUCAUUGUGUAGAGAAGCAUAUAUAGAGUAAAGUUAUUAUUAUUUUUAUUAUUAUUGGUCUAAAUUUAGGACUGUUUAAUCUGUCUAAUAGACGCUGUGAAAUCUGAACAUACGGAUGGAUUUGUGGAAGGAGAUAGCACUUUCUCCACUUUAAGGAGUCUGUAUAUAAGUGUAUGCAUUCAUGAGUGUCUGUGAUGUAGCUGCUGUACAGUUGAUGU